ACCUAGUACGCGAACUCCUUCUCAAGGCGCACGCAAGCUUAACGGCGUCACGUCCCGUCCCCCUCGUCGCCACCGGUCAACUCCGCCGCCCCCCGGCGACCCGUCGAAUGCGGCCGUUCCGAGGUCGCCGCCCGCCGCCACCGCCACCGCUGUGACCGAAAGGGAUGCGCCUCGUCCCCUCGGCUUCUCUCCGUCGCGCCGCCUCCAUGUCCUCCCACUACAACCGCCGAGGAUCCCCGUGGCCUCACCGCGGGUACUCCUCCCGCCCCUCGCCGCCCUACGCCUACGCCGGCGCUGCCAAUGAUUCCCCCCACGGCGGCGGCGGCGGCGGUGCCCAUGCGCCUCCACCGCAGUACGCGCAGGGGCCGCAGUUCCAGCCACCGCCGCCGUACGGGUAUGGCUACGGUCAACCGCAAGUGCAACCCCAGGUUCAGUCCUACGGGGCUGUGCCAUACAACUACAGCCAUCCGCAGCAGCCGUUGCCGAACCCUCAGUACGCCUACGGGAAUCGGAAUCAGAACAGUCAAUGGCAUCCCCAACCGUACGGAGCUGUACCAUCGAAUGCUGGGUUCCAGCCACCGAAUGCCGGGUUCCAGCAACCAAAUGCUGGGUUCAUGCCACCGAAUGCUGGGUUCCAGCAACCAAAUGCUGGGUUCAUGAGACCGAAUGCUGGGUUCCGGCCUUGGGGGACGCAGGGGCGCCUAAGGCUCGCAGAGUACAAACGAGAGUGGCGAUAUGUGCAGAAGCUGCCACCGCGCCAAGCUGAGAGGUUUAAGGUUAUGUCAUACAAUAUACUGGCGGACUAUCUGGCCCAGGAUCACCAUGAUCUCUAUGAAGGCAUAUCACCAGGCUUCAUGGCUUGGAACUGGCGUAAGAAUCAGAUAGGUCGUGAGAUUGGCUGGUGGCAACCAGAUAUUCUAUGUUUUCAGGAGGUAGACAAUUUUACAGACCUUGAAAAAGAAAUGGCAAUGCAAGGAUAUAAAGGCAUAUGGAAGAUGCGGACUGGAAAUGCUGUUGAUGGAUGUGCCAUCUUUUGGAGAACGACAAGGUUCCAGUUGCGUUAUGAAGAGAACAUCGAGUUUAAUAAGCUUGGACUUCGGGAUAAUGUUGCACAGCUUUGUGUUUUAGAAUCGCUUGUUCAAAGAAAUGUGCAAACUGGGUCUGUUCACUUAUCUACUAGCCAAGACAAUCCACAACAAGCCAACCGAGUUGUUAUAUGCAACAUUCAUGUUCUUUAUAAUCCGAAGAGAGGCGACAUCAAACUUGGUCAGGUAAGGACACUACUUGAUCGAGCUUAUGCUAUGUCUAAGAUGCAGAAUGAUGCUCCGGUAAUACUCUGUGGGGAUUUCAAUGCUACACCUAAGAGCCCUCUGUACAAUUUUCUAUCAGAGCAAAAGUUGAAUUUGUCUGGGCUUACAAGAUAUAGUAUAUCAGGGCAGCAAACUAGCAGUUCACAAGGGCUAUAUGCUGGUUAUAAUUCAUCUCGUUAUACAUUCCGGCCACCUUUACAGAUGACCAAUGCUAGAGAAGGAAGAAUAAUUACUAGAGACAGUCAUAAGCCACAAAGUGAAGCCAAGGAUUCGGUCAGAGGUUAUUGCCUUACUGGAAGAGAACCUGAUUUGACUGAUACCGCUUCGGCAUCUUUCCUAAACUCUGAAUCGAGUAAAUGUCCUGGGAACAAUAGACCUUGUUCUGGUUCUUCUGAUCUUAAUGAGCAAGCAUUACCAAGCUGUAUGGUGGGUCAUGUAAAGGAUGCUUGUAAUUCUGAUGCUGAAGCCCAUGUCAAGGCAACUGAAGGUGAAGGAGCGGCUGUUGGCAACUCCUGUGAACAAGGUUUUGGAGGGAGCAAAAUCGAAUCAAAAGAAUCUGAUAUUGCGGACUUCCAGUAUUCACCAACUGCAGUAUAUGAUGAGAUCCUACAGUCAGAUUCAAGUGAAACAGUUGAUAGCAGCCACUUACUUUCAUGUCAUGAAUCAUCUGGGCUUAAAGAUUCUCUCCGGCAAUCAAGGGGUGUUAGUAGUGAGGAUUCAGAUUCCCAUGGAGUCUUGUCUGGGGAUGUGAUUUUGGAAGAUGUUGCAUGCAGUUUUGAAGGAAGCAGUGUCCAGUCAGAUACAGUGUUAAAUGUAUCUGAAGACAACCCUAGUGAAAAGGAAGAAUGCAAUCAAUCUAUGUCUGGCCGAAACAAUGGUACAACUGAGUUAGAAUCAUCCCAUUUCACUGAUUCUCUGAAGUUUGCUGAUACACUUCAUAAAAUGAGUAAUAUGAGGGUAGAUGAAGAAAUUAAUACUGGACCAACUCACUUAACAUCCCCAGUGGAACCAGUGCCUCAAUCAAAUCGUGCAACUUUAGACGCCUGUGGCAAUCAAGGUACUCCUGAAGUAAUGGACAAGCAUUUAAACUUGCAUUCCUGUCAAGAUGUGAUUUCUGACCCUACCUUCAAAGAGUUCUCUGGUGAUAACGAAAGCUUACAUGUAGAUGAAUAUCGGCUGCCAACCAUUUCAAAUCGUUCACCAGAUGUCCAGAGGAUGGCUCCUUAUGGAAGGUACUAUAAUGAUCCUUACAGGUGGACGGCGGAUGAAAUUAAAGCUGCUACUGGGAAGGAAGAAUGUACUUAUGUGGAGCAUAAUUUGAAAGUGAGGAGUGUCUACACAGAUGUGGAGGAUUUUGGAGGGACAAAAGAUGCCAAUAAGGAGCCUUUAGUAACCAGUUACAACAGAAAAUUUAUGGGGACAGUGGACUACAUAUGGGCUUCCAAAGAUCUUCAGACUGUUAAUGUGCUAGAUACAUUUCCAAGAGAGAUUUUGAAGCAAACGAUUGGGUUCCCCACAAAGAAAUGGGGAAGUGAUCAUAUCGCCUUAGUCUGCGAACUGGCAUUUACAAAUGAUACUCAUCAGACAGGAAGGUAGGGAUUUCAACACCAGUGAAUGUGCCUGCGUGACAAGACAAGAACUAUAGCCUAGAACAAGCCCUAGAAGAAAAAUCAUGUCCAGAACAGCCAGUGGCGAGUUCUCUGUCAAAUCACUUCUAGCAAAUAUAUACAUGGAAACCAGAUUCCUGCCUUUUUAGGUCGAUAUAAGAGCUCGCCAGCCUUUUUUUCUUAUUUUUGGCGCGCUUGGUAACUGUACAUGAGACAAUAACUGAUUCAGAUUUUGAUAGCAUGUCUUUUUUCAUCGGAAAUAGUCCAAUCACAUUUGCAGCC